AUGGCAGCAACACUGGAGUGGUUUGGAGCCACGACUUACCGCCUUAGGACAAAUGGCCUCACCAUUUUCCUCGACAGUUGGUUGGACAAACCGGCGAGGAUGCCACGGUACUUGGAGCUCAAAGACGUCCAAGAAGCGGACUACAUCUUUAUCUCCCAUGCGCACUUUGACCACCUACCCGGCUCCGAUGUCAUUGCCAAAAGAACGGGAGCAAUGAUUGUUGCGAACGGAGAAGCAAUCAACAUUAUGCGCGAAGCAGGUGUCCCCGAAGAGCAGCUUCUCCCAGUUGGCGGCGGCGAAAGAAUCCCUCUCUUCACAAAAGACAUUCGUGAUAAAGCUACAAAAGGACUAGUUGAACUGGAGAUACGCCCCCCUGGAGCCCCGAAAUCGCCUCAUCCCUCGCUAGCAGUUGCAGCUGUGCACGUAUGGCCCUCUCUGCACACCUUUAUGCCAGAGGAUCAUCCAGAAUUGAUGGACACGGGCGUCAGAUAUGUUGGUGCUUCAACCGACUUUUUCUGUACGCUGAACAUCACAAUUGGUAUGAAGCACGGCCUUCUACGUUUAGGAGAUCUGAUACCUAGGGAGCAGAUCGACCAAGACACACAAGCUUUCGUCGACUACGUCAAUGACACAGAAAAGAACAAGUUCUCUCAUUAUGAUGGCGGGCAGCUCAUGUUCAACAUUUUGACAGACGGGAAGGCUCUUCUCUGGUCCGCACAUCUCGGUGGGUAUGAAGGAGUCCUGAAAGAUCUUCAGCCACAGCCAGAUGUGGCCAUCAUCGCCGUUGCGGGUAGAGCGAAUCUGAAUGGGCGGCCAUUCGACGGCUCCGCUGCCGAGUUUUUGGUCAAGAAAGCCAGAUGGAUUGGCGAGCCGAACACAAUCAUAUGGUGCUUGCAUGACAAGAGCUUGGUGAAGCCUUUUAGUGUCGAUACAAACGCCGCGACAGAGGCUAUCCAGAGAGAGACAAAGUCCAGGGUCAAAGACCUGGUUCCGGGGAAGAGCUACAAGUGCUUCGACUGA